UGUGUGGAUCGGUGGACGCGCAGUAAAGGCUUCAUCAUGGCACCACUUGGACUAAAAGCCAUUGUUGGUGAAAAGAUAAUGAACAAUGUCAUCAAGAAGGCAAGAGAAAAAGGAAAAUGGAAGGUGCUGGUGGUGGACAAACUGAGUAUGAGGAUGAUUUCAUCCUGCUGUAAAAUGACAGACAUCAUGUCAGAGGGAAUCACCAUUGUAGAAGACAUAACCAAGCGGCGUGAGCCCUUGCCUAGCAUGGAGGCCAUCUACUUGAUCACACCAUCAGAUGAGUCUGUUGAAGCUCUGAUUGACGACUUCAGAGACCCACAGACUCCAAGGUACCGGGGAGCUCACGUCUUCUUCACUGACACAAUCCCAGACAUGUUGUUUGGACUGUUGACCAAAUCCCGAGCCUCCAAAGCCAUGAAGGCCUUGACUGAGAUCCACAUCGCCUUUCUGCCCUAUGAAUCCCAGGUGUUCUCACUGGACAAAGUGGAUGCCUUUCAGGACUUCUACAGUCCCUUCAAGGCUGAUGUGAAGAAUAACAUGCUGGAACGUUGUGCUGAACAGAUUGCCACCCUUUGUGCUACACUCAAAGAAUAUCCUGGAGUUCGAUACAGAGGGGAGUACAAAGACUGUGCAGUUCUGGCCCAGAUGCUCCAGGAGAAGCUAGACGGCUACAAGGCUGAUGACCCCACGAUGGGAGAGGGUCCAGACAAGUCACGUACUCAGCUGAUCAUUCUGGAUCGUGGCUUUGACCCUGUGUCACCUCUCCUGCAUGAGCUCACGUUGCAGGCCAUGGCCUAUGACCUGCUGGGCAUUGAGAACGACGUCUACAGCUUUGAAACUAGUGGGAUGGGAGAAACGAGAAUGAAGGAGGUAUUGCUGGAUGAGGAUGAUGACCUGUGGCUGACUCUGAGACACAAACAUAUUGCAGAAGUGUCAACAGCUGUGACUCGUUCUCUGAAAGACUUCUCUGCCAGCAAAAAGAUGAACACUGGAGAAAAGACCACCAUGAAGGAACUGUCCCAGAUGCUGAAGAAGAUGCCUCAGUAUCAGAAAGAGCUCAGCAAGUAUUCAACCCAUCUCCACCUGGCUGAAGACUGUAUGAACCGCUACCAGGGUACUGUGGACAAACUCUGUCGUGUGGAACAGGAUCUGGCUAUGGGUAUAGAUGCAGAGGGAGAGAAGAUCAAGGAUCCCAUGAGGCUCAUUGUACCCGUUCUACUGGAUGCCAACGUCAGUGUGUCUGACAAGAUCCGGAUCAUCCUACUCUACAUCUUCCUUAAGAACGGUGUGACUGAGGAGAACCUGUGUAAGCUCCUUCAGCAUGCCAACAUCCCACCAGAGGACAGUGACAUCAUUUCCAACAUGGCCCACAUGGGCAUUCCCAUUGUAUCUGAGGGCACUACUACCAAGAAAGCCAAAAAGCCCGAUCGUAAGGAGCGAAUCAGUGAGCAGACCUACCAGCUCUCCAGGUGGACCCCCUUGAUGAAGGAUCUCAUUGAGGACGCCAUUGAGGACAAACUUGACCCCAAGCAGUACCCAUACAUUUCUCAGCGACAAGCGUCUGCCAAGGCCAGCGCUCCAUCGAGUGCUCGCUAUGGUAACUGGCACAAGAACAGGGGCCCCACAGAGAUGAAGACGGGACCCAGAAUCAUCUUAUUUAUUAUUGGUGGGAUGGCGUACAGUGAGAUGCGCUGCGUGUAUGAGGUUACCCAGGCUAAUGGCAAGUGGGAGGCCUUGAUCGGUUCGACCCAUAUUCUCACCCCCCCUAAAUACUUAAAGGAACUACAGCACCCGGACUUCCUGGAUCCGAAUGCCUCUCCAGAAGGCACACAGGAGACACCUGCAGAAUGAACAUAAAUUUGGAAGAUCCACUGAAAUCUUCAUUCCUUCUCACUUCCUAAAAGCCCUCAAAGACUUGGAGGAAAAGAGCAGAGCAGUUAAGAAGUUCACAAGUCCCUCCUCAGCCCUCAGCAAUCUUUCUCCCCCUGGCACAACACUUCAAAUGUACACUUUAUGUUGCUAAUUCAUAAACCAAAAUGUGUUUUUAAUUUCACAAGUGUGUUGAUGUUGAUCAAAGUUUACUGGACAAGAUUGGAUUGUGUUGAAUGUUGUCUACCGUGUAUAUUGUAGGACAUUUAUUUCUUUGGAUAAGCUAUGUUUGUGAAUUAUUUCAGAUGACACAUGAGUUUAAGGAGUAUGGGCUGUUAAUGAGAAAUAGUUGUAGAGUUAACCGGGAAAAGUAUUGCACUGUUUCACAGUUAUAUCUGAACAAAAUGGUCUUUGUUAUUGAAGACUAAUUCAUUUGGUAUAUUAUCUGUGGAUUCACUUUGUCAUCUAUCUGAAGUAGUGCUUUGCUUACAGUUACAACCAAGCCAUAUUGGACAAGUCAAAUCCAGUCAGAUUUCCGGUGGUCUAUUAUGGCACAUUUAGCUUUAGAUCAAGCAUAGUGUAGUUGGUUUGUCUUGUGCAUUGUCUCAGUAUACAGCAGUUUGUUUUACUGUAGAGAUUUAGUUUCCCUUUUCCUUUUUUCUCAGUGUUUGACCAUAAUUUUGUGAUAUUGUUAUUGAGUAGUUAUUUUUUGUCACUAGCAGUUCACUGUGUAUGAAGAGAGAUGUCAGUAUUACGACAAGUAUGUGCUUGUAUGUCCACAUCCAUGAAUAUUCCAUCCUGCAGGACGUCUGUUAGGUAAUAAAGUGGCUUCCAUUGAA